AUGGCUGGCAAACAAUAUUUGGUGUUCAUGGUGCAGGUGCAUCUGAACUUCCGUCUUGCUGAAUUGGAAUCGCUAGCAGACUUGUAUGGAAUUGAUGUUGACUUUUCUCAAUAUAGAUCUGACUCGCCGUUUAUGGUUGUAACGUUGAAGGACGACCAGCAGGCACAAGAUUGGAUCAAGAGGUCUAUUUUGACAAAGGGCAUAUACGAAUAUUGGGGUGAAGGGACUGACUACGAAUCUUUACAUGCGAGUGUGCGGGGCAAUGCUCGUUUUGAGCAGAUGAAGAAGGAAAACGAGAAUCGGAGCUUUAAAUUUGAGUUCGAGAAGUACGGUGGGAACGCAAAGAUGGACAUGUCAAAGAGGGUAUCUAUUAUCGAGUCUUUCAAAUAUUUGGAGUUGAAAGGUCCAAUCAGAAUGAAGAAUCCUGACGAGGUGUACACUAUUAUAGAGGAAUACAAGGCGAUUAGUGAUAAUAUCGGUGGGGAAACACCCGUGAAGGUUUAUUUCGGAAGACAGGUUCAAUUAAGUGACCGUGUACGAGGAGCUCUUGAGAAAUACGACUUAAAAAAGAGACCAUACAAGGGUACCACGUCAUUCGAGGCGGAAUUAUCGCUCGUGAGUGCUAACAUUGCCCAAGUAAAAGAAGGCCAUAUCAUGUACGAUCCAUUUGUCGGAACUGGUUCAUUUCUAGUUGCAGGCGGGCAUUAUGGCGCUCUUGUAAUGGGAUCUGACAUUGAUGGGAGAAUGAUCAGAGGGAAGGGUAAACAAACAAUUACUGCCAAUUUCAAACACUACAAGGAAUCCAUCCAAUUCCUCGAUGUGAUGACCAUGGAUUUCACACACAACGCCUUGAGGAGCGAUCUAGUGAUCGAUACAAUUUUAUGCGAUCCACCAUAUGGAAUUAGAGAGUCUAUCAAAGUUCUUGGUGCCAAGGACCCUGAGCGCUUCAUUGGUAAGGAAAAUGUCGAAAUUGAUGGUAAGAAAGCUUACUUGCAUAGGGACUACAUUCCAACAAAAAAACCGUACUCCUUAGAUUCUCUUUUGGAUGACCUCUUGCAUUAUGCCAGUAAAAGACUUCCGUUAAAUGGAAGACUAGCAUUCUGGAUGCCAACUGCAAACGAUGAAAACGUUGCGACUAUUAUACCAUUGCACUCCAAUUUGGAACUCAAAUACAAUUGUGUUCAAGAUUUCAACAAGUGGUCUAGGCGGUUACUAGUGUAUAUUAAUAGAGGACCUGAUUUUAAUGGGCCAACAAAUGCUGGCUUACACAGAACUAGCAACUUCAGAGAAAGGUAUUUCAACGGAUUCAAUUGA